AUGGUUGGGAACAAUGACACAGCACUGACUGAGUUUAUUCUGUUGGGGUUCUCAGGUUUUCACUCCCUCCAGGCUCCUCUGUUUUGGGGGGUGCUCUGCAUCUACUUGGUCACCUUGCUGGGAAACUCCCUGAUCAUCGUCCUCUCGCUGGCUGACCCUGCCCUCCACUCCCCCAUGUACUUCUUCCUUCGGCACUUCUCCCUGGUGGAGAUCCUCUACACCACCACCAUCGUGCCCAGGAUGCUGGUCGAUCUCCUGUCUUCUCACCCCACCAUUCCACUUGCCAGCUGCUUCACCCAGAUGUAUUUCUUUUCCUUCUUUGGGGUCACUGAGUGCUGUUUGCUCACUGCCAUGGCGUAUGACCGCUAUGCUGCCAUCUGUCGGCCACUGCAUUACACCACACUGAUGAACCAGGGAGCAUGUGCCUGCAUGGUGGGGGCCUGUUACCUCAUGGGCAUCAUCACUGGCACCACUCACUCCAUCUGCAUCUUCACCUUGCCCUUUCACGGUGCCAACAUCAUCCACCACUACAUGUGUGACAUCAUGCCUGUGCUGAGACUGGCUACUGUAAGCACCUUCAGGGGUGAAGUUGGGAACCUUUUUGUUACAGUAUCCUUCGUCUUGACUCCUUUUUUGUUGAUCAUGCUGUCCUAUGUCUGUAUACUUGCCACCAUCCUUGGAGUGGCAACAGUCCAGGAACGUUUAAAGCUCUUCUCCACCUGCUCCUCCCAUCUUUUUGUUGUCAUUCUCUUUUUUGGAACUGCAACUGUGGCUUAUUUGAGGCCUGAUGCAGGCUCAUCUCCAGACACUGACCAGAUCAUCGGCAUCUUCUACACGGUUGUCACCCCUAUGUUCAACCCUUUUGUCUAUACCCUGAGGAACAAGGAGGUCACAGGAGCCAUGAGGAGGCUCAUGAAUAGGUACCUUAGGAGCCCUUAA